AUCAAAAUGCCAAAACGUAGUGCUGAAGAACUAAUCAAGCAUUACGAAAAGAAAAUUGCAAAAAUAAGGAGAAAAGAAAUUACGCCAAGUGUAUGUGAAACCGAUGACGACAGUUUUCUAUCAGUUCCCGAGGAGAAUUCACUUCCUCAAGCCGAUAACACGGUUGAAAUCCCCUACGAGGAAACCUUUGAGAUCCUGCCAGAACCAAACCUGGAAGUACAAACUACUUCAGAGCCUACACAAGAACUAACGAGUCUUGUUGAAAAUGUCACUUCGGAGACAACAACGCCACCAGACUUGGAUCCAGAGCUGCUAGCAGCAUUGGGAGACCCGACUGAUGACACUCCCGAAUACGGGAGCGACAUACACGAACGGCUGGCCAAAUUAUGGCAGCCUCUACUUAAAAAAGGCCUGGACAAAGAAUCAAAAGACAGGAUUUACAAAGAAUACACUACUCCCAAUAACUGUAGACUGCUUCAAGCCCCGAAAAUGAACCCCGAGAUCAUGGCGGCUGUGACUGACGCAAGGAAAACAAAAGAUAAACGAUGGGCCACAAAUCAACAGCAAAUAGGCUCUGCUAUAACAGCCAUAAAUAGGGCCAUGGAAAAAUUAAUGACAAGCGACGACAAAGCCUCAGCUAUAAAACAUCUAAGUAACAGUUGUCGAAUGCUGUGUGAUAUGCACGCAUUGUUCACGAAAAUCAGAACUAGAGUUGUCUGCACAGGCCUAGAUAAAACCACACUAAGUGUUAUAAAUAACACAGAACGAGACGAAUUGCUCUUCGGGGCCAACCUGUCGGAAAAAAUAAGGUGGCAAAAACCCUCGAAAGACAAGGCAACCAAAUGAAAAGACCUAAUCAAAACCA